UUUCUGCGGUAUCUUCGGUGCCUUUGUGGUGAUUUCGUGGCGUUCUUGCCGUUCUUGGAUUCAGCUACGCUCUUGGACGUUCUUUGUGACUUUCUUUGUGGUGGCUAUAUGGCGAUCUUUGUGGUGGCUCUACGGCGGUCUUUGUGGUGGCUCUACGGCGGUCUUUAUAGUG